AUGGGUCACAUUUCCGGCGGCAAACAAUGCCCGAUGGUUAUUUUACUGAAAUUGUUUUUACAAGUGAGUUUUUUGUUAAGUUUGAAGAAAUCUAUAAAAUCUUUGGAAAAGCUUCCAUUUUUGUGAAAAAAAUUCAUACUACUUUAUUUUUUGAAAAUCUAAAAAUUCUGAUAAUUCCACAAAAAAAACUUGAGAGAAUAUUUAAAUUAAGUAUAAAUAGGCAAGGUUUUUAUCCCAAAAAAUCAACUUUUUUUCCAGAUAACAGCUACAGUAUCCUCUCAAUUAGCGAAUUCGAUGACAGUAUCUUUCGAACCGAAAUCAUUGCAAGAUCUAUCGGAAUAUUCUAGCACUGAUGUUAAUGUUACGUUGAGAUUUCCACAAGAUAUUUUCGAGAAAUCGGAUAUUGAAGAAUAUUAUUUGAAGUUAGAGUGAGUUUUUUAAUACUUAUUUAUCUUUACUACAUUAGUUCAAUUCUCAUGAAAAUUGUAAUUUUCUAGCUCAUUUCACCCGGAAACUGCAACUGGUGACAUAUCAAAAACAAUAAAAAAGUCGGAUUUCCGCCUGAAAAAUUCACAAUACGAAAAAGAGACCGUAAUCCAAGUCAACGGGAAUUUGUUGGGAAAAACUGCGAUGAAAAUUCGAUUGGUUUCGGCGAGCGAUUGGUUGGAAACAAAUGAAACAGAAGAGGAACAGGAGAAUUUUGUGGAUAAAUUGAAAAACGAAAAAACGAGAGAGGGAUUGUUUGAUGUUUGGGUUGUAAGAUCAGCCGAAUCUCGACAACUCACCAAAUAUUUUGUGCUUUCUGUUGUUAUUUUGAUCUCAAUGGCAAAUGUUAUGAUGGGUUGUGAAGUGAGUUUAUUUUUUGCUUUAUAGAUGGAAUUAGAAAAAAACUAAUUAAAAUGAAUUUUCCAGCUCGAUCUUGAUGCUGUAAUUGCAACACUCAAAAAACCAGUUGCUCCAGCAAUUGGUCUUUUUGCACAAUUCAUAAUUAUGCCACUUUUAUCAUAUCUCAUUGCUUAUGCUAUUUUCAUGCCACGUGGAUUAUAUUCAAUGGCUCUUGGUUUAUUUGUAACUGGUUGCUCUCCAGGAGGUGGAGCAUCGAAUUUCUGGACACUUUUAUUAGAUGGAAAUUUGAAUUUAUCAGUUACAAUGACAUUUAUUUCAACAAUGUGCUCUUUAGUUAUGAUGCCUUUAUGGUUGCAUUUUCUUGGUCAUCCAUUCCUUCAAGGUUUCUCAUCGGAUGCAACUAUCAAAGUACCGUAUACCAAAAUUGUUAGCUCAUUAAUUGCAUUAAUAAUCCCAUUGUUAAUUGGAAUUGCGAUCAAAAAAUGGAAACCAACAUGGGCUGGAAAAGCGAGAGGAGUUAUGCGACCAUUUGUGAUUUUUGUCAUGAUUUUUGUGGUGAUUUUCGGAUCGCUUACCAAUUUAUAUAUGUUCCGUAUGCUCACAAUUCCGGCUCUUAUUGGUGGAUUGGCACUUCCGUGGUGUGGUUUCAUGUUUGGAUGUUUUGUCGCGUUGUUGACAAAAAGAGCACCGGAAGAUGUGACUGCAAUUGCUGUUGAGACUGGAAUUCAGAAUACUGGUAUUGCUAUUCUUUUGUUGAAGGUGAGAAUUUUGGAAAUAAAUGAGAUGAAAGAAAAUGAGAAAAAAAAUACGUUUCAAAUUUUUGUCUUGUGUGCAAUUUUGAAAUAAUAGUAAUCAAAUUUUUUUCAUAAACAAAAAAUGUUAUUGUUUUCUCGUUAUCCAAAACAUUUCGUUUCAAAAUUGUUAGUUCAAUUUUUUUCCAAUAUAUUCAAAUUCUAAGAAAUUGUUCAGAAACUUUUUUGUAAAGGUUUUAUUAGUUCAAAAAGUAUUAGAAAAAGUUGAUUUUAGGGAAGUUUCGUUUUUGUAUCGCUCUACUUUUUCCAUAAAUCAAUAUUGCAGGCAUCAUUUGGUCAACCAGAUGCUGAUAUUGGAUCACUUUUACCUGUAAUUGUUGCUGCUUUUACACCAGGACCAUUGUUGCUUGGAGCUGCUGUACAUUUGACAUUUAAAGCUAUGCGAAAACGACAACAAGCUGUGAGUUGAAUUUUUUAAUUUGUAUUUUUAGUUAGAGAAAUUCAAAAAUUAUACUCUUGAAUAUUGUUCGGAACCUGAAAUUGCUGGGUAACUUCUCAAAAAAUUUUAACUAUCAAUUCCGAAAAUAUUCUCAAUAAAAAAUUACCGUGAUCCUCAUUUCCAGGCUCUCGAUAAUGGAAGUGUUGAAAAACAAGCAAUCGAAUUGGUCGAUGAAAACAUCGAAAAUCCACGAAAAUUGAAAUUGGUCGAUGAGAAUCUUCUUCCUCCAACAGUUCAUCAUAAUCUUCUCACCACCGAACAACCGCCGCCUGAAAUAGAAAGAAAUUGA